AAAUUCCAUUUUGAUAUUCACUAAACUUCUCUAUUGAUUUGUGAACUCAACAGCAUCAAAAGCUCAUGGUUAAUGGGGUCCGCCACUGCGAAGCUUUCAGGCAAAUGCGCCCUAUGGCUUUCGUUGACCCAACCAUCACUUACACGGCCGAUUUGAAUCGUCAUUCCUUUUUUUGAGAACUCCAAAAGCCAUUUCUCUUAUAACUUGCCUCACUACUCAUUCUUUUCUCUCUUUGAAGAUACGCUUUCGACACUUGAUUUCUGGGUUUCUUCUUCUACUGAUUCCUUUUGAUGGUUCGAAACUCAACACCCAUAUGCCGCAUCUCUGUUUCGUCGACGGUUGAAGCUGUUCCUGAGAAGAUGAAGGAUCAAACCGCAAACUAUCCGAGGGUGAAAGUAAGGGAGGAGAAAUACUUGGAUGAUCAUCCUGCUGUAUAUGAGCAGAAGAGAAGUUAUUUGUUGUCUCUGAAAGAUUUGGAAUCACUGUUACUUCAAGACUCCUCCAAUUCUCCAGGAAAGGAACAUCAUGUUUCUCCAUCACCCUCUGCUAAAAUUCCAAAAGCUUACAUUCCUAAUGAAAUCAAGCCAUCCACUUCUGAAUCUCAAGCAGAAAGGAGGUGCCAAAUGGUUGAUGAGGACAACAAAGCAAAUAUUAGAGCUAGUUCAAUCCCAAUGCCUCGUGCCAUCAUAUCCAGCCCUGAAAAUGAUCUAAUGAUUGGGAAGAAAAACAGAAAAACAACUGAAAAACCGUCAGUUUUGAAGAAUCACAAUUCAGUCCAGUCCAGACACUCACAAUGUAAGAUCAUCGCUAGCCACAGUGCCAAUGAGAAUCCCAUUUCCUCGAGGAGAUCCAAGGAGACUGCUGAUAGUAAAUGUCGAAGCAUUGGAAAGAAUGGUACGGCCUACAGAGGCAGCAGCUUCAUGUCAAAGACAACUCACUAGAAACAAGAGACCAGUACUUGGGCUGAUGAUUUCCGGCGUGUUACCUUUCAAUAGGCCAAAUAUAUAACACUUGAGUCCAGUCUUUUAGUAUCAUUGUGGUGCUCUGUCUAAUUGUUCAGCAACCGAUUCCUCGUUCAUAUCAAAGCUUGGAAUCAGCUUCCGCACUAACAUAAAGUACUUUUUAUCCAUGUAGCCUGAGAUGUUUUGAACUUGAAAACUUUAGACGAAUGAAGUUCUAUUAGCAACCAA